CGCUCCUCUAAUAAGGUGUGUCUACCGCGACUCCUCGCCGCCAAAAAUUCGAGGGACUAAGACGCAAUUUCGAGGCUAGCCAUCCACCCCUCUUCCUUCCAGCUAAGGCCCCCAAGCCCCCCUCCUUGUCCUCCUGCUCCUCCUCCAGGUUCAUUUUGGAGCGUGGGAUCGACUCGGAGAAUCAGUCCCACAUUGAACCUGUGAUCAAGCACACUUGCGAGUUCUACACUCCCCGAUUCAACAGUUUUUCAUCUUCUCAACACCGAGACCUCCCAAAUCACCAUAGCCAUGGCCGUCAACAAAGCUGCUGUCAAAGCCCCCUCUGGCAUGAUCAAAUUCCUCUGCUUGGCCUUAACCAUUGUGGUCUUAGUCUUGGCUCGGGCUGGCUUCGAUGGCUCUGAGUCCACCUACCAUAAUUUGGACCACAGGUGGCUCACCAUCAUCACCUUCGGAGGCUACUGCAUCAUCUUCUCGACCAUGAUUGUCACCUACCUUUUGGGCAGUGGAGUCCCGGACAAGAUGGAGAUCGUGUUCUCUUUCGUUGGAUGCUGCUUGUUCAUCGCUACUGGAUCCGUCCACGUUGAGCAUCAUAGUGGAAACGACACCGGUUUGGCCAUGGGCUCCUUGUCCAUCAUUACUGGUAUCAUCCUGUUCUUGGACUGCAUCCUCUUGGCCAAGGCCAUGAAGGCUCGAGGCCAGAUCUAAGAGGUGACCGUCCGUCUCUGUUUUGAUACAAACGACAUCAUCACCAAUCAUCAUUCAUCUCGGCGUACUCUGACGGCUCUCAGAGGGCACCCGAAUCAAAUUUGACCCCCGUCCAAAACCAUAGAGAUCUUCAACCAACGCAAGCAACUCCCGUCCUUCCAAAUUGCAGCCGGUUUCCGGUCCCGAUAUCAAAAGAGAAGAAAUAAUAUAUACAACAUAUAGCGUACUCUAUGAAACGAUGAUCUGAUGGCUUUCUAACCUUGAAGACUGUUUCAUCAAGAUCUGAGAAGUGUAUACAAAUCAAAUAAUUUCGCCCAGUUUUUGGAACCUCGAGAGUCAACUCAAACCUAAUGUAAAUAGUCUAAGCGCAUCUUAACUAAAAGUAUUGAUCGUGUUUUUCUGUCUCCUUUCCUUCUUAUCCAUCUCAAAAGAAUCGACGAACAUUUUUGCGUUGCACUGUUGUUCUAGAAAACUUAGUCAUGAUUUUGUCGCCUCAGAGCAUCACUAAUUUUUAAAAAAAGCCACACCCACUCUCCCUCCAUGGUUCAGUAAUAUUAAUUACCCUUAAAUUCAAUUCUUUCCGAGCAACUCAAAAUUAAAACAAGAAUCCCCUUGGUUUCACUCAUUUGGCAACGAUAUUUUGUAAGAUUAAAAAACAAACAAAAAUGAAUUCAAAUAGUGCAGUCCAUGUCACAUUUUAGCUAUUAUAAUAUAUAUCCAAAGAUACACGAUGUUCUCAAUAAACAUGAAACAAUAGGA